AUGGCGGAGCGUGCGGUCGGUGGGCAAGACAAGCCGUACCUGUUCACGUAUGUGCAGAGUUCCUCGUCGGUCCAGAACUACGACGCCUACAGGACCGCCUGCAGGAUCGCGGAGAUCGUGUUGACCUUGCUCAGGACCAUGGAGGGCUUGCGGUUGCGGGACAUCGCCAUCACCAGCCGGUUUGUCAACGUGAACCUCAUCCUCCUCCAGCUCGAAGACGUCCUGGAGAGGGCCUUGGCCGAGGCGGGGUACGCCCCUUCCGACGGGUCGGGCUGCGUGCAUCUCUUUCGAACCAAAGUCACGGACCGGAAGUCCAUCAAUUGGGAGGAGGCAGGAGAGCGCCUGGUCAUGGGGAGUUUGACGGCCUUUAAGGGGAAAGACUGGAGGGCCGUGAUCCUCUUGGACUGCACGGAAGGUGUGCUGCCGAGCAAGAGCAGCGUGCACACGCAGAAGGAACUGGUGGACCGGUCGCUGUUCAACGUGGGCACCACGCGUUCCAAGGAGGUGCUUCUGAUCGGCUUCGACGCCAAGGCCCCCUCCCGGUACCUCUCCCACGUGCACGAGAGGCUCCACGAGGGGGCUCAAUUGGAAUGGGAGGCGAGCACGAUUGAGACGGCGGGGCCGUACGCGGCGAUUUAUGCGACCCGGAGGAACGAUUCGAAGAGCCUGGCGGAAGGGGUGGUGGAAUGGAAGGAGGGCCGGAACCGCACGGUGGACGUACCUUUCAAGUACUACUGGAGCGUGACGGACUCGACGGACGAGAUCCAGACCGUGGAUGACAUGUUGCUGGGCGAGGAGAGCGGGGGGGAGGAUGGGGCGGAGGAAGAGGAAGGCCCUUAUGCCUGGAAGGGCUUUGACCGAUUCGGCACGCGGUUGUCCCCGCCUGCCUGGUUCAAGCAGGACGAAACGGGGCGCUUGAUCACGGGGGUCAUGGGGGAGGCUUUGUUGGCGCGGGAACUCCACGUCAAAGGCCGCUUGUCCAAGCGGGCAGACGCGACGUUGUUGUGGCCCGUGGUGGAGAAACUCGGCGGUCGGGCGGGGGGAAGGAAGGGGAGGCCGGUGGUCUUUACAGAGUGCCCCAAAGUGUUAAACUUGGCGGUGGACUACCAUUUGAACGAGCUGUGGGCGUACGACGAGACGGAGCAAUGGCGACAAGCCCUGGAAAUGCUCUUGGAAGACCAUGGCCACGAGGCAGGCGCCAGUCGCGCGUUUUUCCUGGAGUUGCUGGAGGGCAUGCCGCGCUGUGUGUUGCAUGCUGCCUACCGAGGGCCUAUUCAGACGUUUGCUCCCCUGUUGGACUACCGAAUUCCCAGCGCCGAGCUCCCCGUGGAAGCGGUCUGGAAUUGUGCGGUGCUCUAUCAAGACGCCCUGUCCUACGGCUUACGGCAACCCUCUCUGGUGAAACGCUUGUUGAAAGUAGAGGACUCCCGGACGCCGAAAGACCUUUCCAAGCUCUUGGCGGGGCUCUCGGAGAACGUGAUCGCCUACUUGGAUUUUAAGCAAGCUCGAAAUUCCACCACCUUCGCGCAGGGCAACGGGGUCUCCUUGUUGCAAAAGGAAGUGGCGGAGACCGAACUCGAGAAGAGGGGAUUCUGUCGACAGCGGGACGCUCAUGUCUUUGCGGAAGGCUGGACCUAUGGACUCAACGGUCGAAUCGAUUUCUACGACGAGAACCGGAAGCGGAUUGUGGAGGUGAAGGUGAGCGACACAGACGGUGUCCUUCCUUCUCACGAGGUCCAGACACUUCUCUAUGCGCUUUUGUACGGAAACGGAUGGAAGCCGACGCGGGCGUUUGAAAUUGUGAAUUUGUUGAAAGGCAUGCGAUACAAACGAGUGCUCCGUCGGAAAGUCAAAUUGUGGAAUUGCCUGAGGCGGGCCUUUAAGAAGUUGGACUUUGAUGACGAAAUGAUCGAGACGUUGGGCCGCGCAUACGGGCCGCAGUAUUGGGAGAAAAGAGAUGAGGAGGAAGGAUCAGGUCCGGAAAAAGGGCUUAUCGAAGAAAGUAUCGAUAUCGACAGUAAAAUCUCGCGUGAUAUUGAUUGCGAAGCGGUGCAAGAUUUACAGCCAAGAAAGGUAAAAGUCCUGCAGGAGGCGUCCUAAAGUGCUUGGUUUCGAGAAGGGUUAUAUAACAGCUACACAGGGCCCACAAAUGGCGUAAGGUUGUAAGACGAUUGUGUAACAAUAGCCUAUCAGUACAUGCAACAUAGAAAGCAAGAAACUGUACAGAAUGUUUGCAUGUGUGUAUUACCGCCAAAGGUUUAAUUAAUAUCGGCGAUCGUAGCAA